ACUGUUAUGCCUUAAGUGAGGAUUAUGUAAUGGCAGUGCUGAUCUACUGAGAGCUAAGAUUUUCUGUUAUUUCCAAAUAUUUAAAUGAAAAGAAAGCAGGGGAACUAAAAGAAUUUUUUGGUGAACAUGUAUAUAUGCAUAUGUCAGUCAAAGACAAAAGACAAUAACCUGGCCAAGCCUUAAAAACUUAACCUCCUUUCAUUUUAUAUAAAGAAUAUUCUUGACCUGUGAAGACGACAAUUCCCGUGGAAUAAUAAUGUUGUUGAAAUAUUUCUUCCACGUUGUUUAUUUACUUCUGAUAUUUCAUUUCAUCUUGGUUUCAUCGCAUUGGUGGCGAAGAAGACGAAGAAGGCGACCUCCUCCUUCACCAGUGAACUGUCGAGUUUCACCAUGGACGCCAUUUAGUGCAUGUAGCACAAAAUGUGGUAUUGGAACAAUUACUCGUCGUCGUCAUAUCAUCAAGUAUCCUGCGUACGGAGGCUCUUUCUGUCCUUACUUAGUGGAGUCUCGUCAAUGUGGUUCACCAAACGGGGGGUGUGGUGACAUUUGUAACCCUGUUGAUGGAUCGUGUUCUUGUGUAAGUCGUCCUGGGUACAAACUUGAAGCUGAUGGUGAAUCAUGUGGUGAUAUAAACGAGUGUGAAAAUGGAAAUGGUGGUUGUAUCAACUCCAACUGUAGAAACACAGAUGGUAGUUAUUGGUGUGAUUGUUUACCUGGUUAUAAACCAUCAACUAUAAACUCAAAGAAUUGUUUACCUAAAUCAUGUUUACCGCUGAUUCCACGCCAAUGCCCGCGAACUGCAUAUCAUGACGAGUUUGGAACAGCCUGCAUGCCUGCACAGAUCAAUUGUCCACACGGGCUUGAAUUUAUGAAAUCCUGUUCCAUCAACUGUGACAGAAACUUUAAACUUGCUGUGAUUAAAUCACCAGACGUCAGUAAAACUUUUGCUGAAAACUUCCACAAGGCAGAUUUCAAUGCACCCAAUGAAAUAACCGUGUGCUCUUUAGACGGAAACAAUAGAAAUGUGGUUUGGGACUGGAAUCCAAAUACUUCUCCCUACUACUGUAGGAGAGUUAAUGAUCCACCUUCGAAUAUCGUCUUUUCAAAUAUUGCCAUUGAUGAGAAAAUGAAAAUUCUCUCCAGUAUUGGCCAUUUCACUGCAAACGAUCCUCAACAUGAUCAACUGACGUUCACAAUAGUGAACGCAGAGGCAAAUUUUUACUUUCUCAUUCAAGGUAAUUUGCUGUUGGCGAAGAAACGUUUAGUGUGGAAACCCCAAUCAAAUAAUAUCUACACAGUUGAAAUCAAAGUAAGCGAUAAUGGUUCACCUGUUAUGUUUACUACAAAAACUUUUAGAAUUACUGUGUUGAACAUUAAUGAUCCUCCUUACGACAUAAAACUUUCAAAUAACGAAGUGUUUGAAAAUGUCAAGAUUGGUUCUGUUGUUGGUAAUCUAACAGCUAGAGAUGAUGAUCUUGGUCAAAAACGCACUUCAAAUUUUAACUGGGAGCUGGUCGACUCCGAUAUGGGUUACUUUAAGCUUUUAGGUCAUCAGAUAAUUGUUGCGAAAAGUCUUGAUCACGAAGCAAAGAAUGUACAUCGUAUAAAAGUAAAAUGUACGGACAGCGGUAACCCACCUAAAUCUUCGUCUAUCCAAAGUUUGUUUAUUGUUGUACAAGAUAGCAACGAUUCACCAAAGUAUAUUAAUUUGACAAAUAAUCAGGUGCCGGAAAAUUCCGAUCUCGGCUCUAUCGUUGGCUACUUCGGAGCGAUUGAUGACGAUAACGACACGCUUAAAUUUGAAUUGAAAGAAAGCGAUGUUAUGGUUCGUAGGAAAUUUGCUUUGCAAGGUGCUAAAAUUGACCAUCGUCUUCAAAAUGGCAAAUCUGUUAAGAUUUUCUCAACCCCCCUUGUUGUAAACGGUUCUCUUGAUUACGAAGAGGAGAAUGAGUACAUUGUUUGGUUAACUGUCACAGAUCCGGGGGGAGUGACGCGUAAAAAAUUUCGAAUUGAAGUAACCGAUGUGAAUGAAGCUCCAACGGAUAUUUUGAUGACUGAAAAUUUUGCAGCGGAAAAUUCUCCUUCUUCAACAAUGAUUGGAGAGUUUUUGGUGAAAGAUCCGGACGUAAAAAGUGUGCCACCUCAGAUCCACAUUUGCUCCCUCGAGAGCUCUUUAAAUGGUGACGAAGAUGAGUUUUACAUUACUCACGAAACUGAUCGCAAUAUUCUUCGAGUUAAAUGGAAUGACCGUCUUGAUUUUGAAAGAAAAAAUGCAUACAAUAUCACUGUCACUUGUCGCGAUACUGGCUUCAGUAUUUCUAAAUUAUUCCAAAUUUUUAUCACUGAUGUUAACGAAGCACCAACAUCUCUUUAUUUAUCCAACUCAACUCUUCAAGAAAACUCUCCUAACACGACGUAUGUUGGUACUUUAACCGCUGAAGAUCCCGAUGGCUCCAAUCAAUCCUUUACUUACACUCUUGCUGAUAAUACUGCAUCUUUUCUCAUUGGUGGAACCAAUCAUGAUGAAUUAUUUCAUUUGGGAUCAGUUGAUUACGAGCUUACACCAAGUCUAUUGGUGCACGUUAUUGUCACUGAUGGCGGUGGAUUGCAUUUUGAAAAAAUUUUUACCAUAACUGUUCUAGACGUAAAUGAUGCGCCAACGGACAUUGAAAUAAGAAAGGAUUCUUCAUUGACUGAAAACAGCGUUGAAAAUAUUUUUAUCAGCAAUGUCGCCAUGAUUGAUGAAGACAGGAACAUAAAAACUUCAUGUAAACUUCUUGACUCCAGCGAGGAUCGAGUGAAACUAGACUUGCUCACGUUGCUUGUCGGUCUACGACCUACAGAUUAUGAAAGUCUGGAUUCUUCAAAAUCUUUAAAGAUAAAUAUCAGCUGUGAAGAUGAAUUUGGAAUGAGUAUCAAUAAGUUGUUUGUGAUCCCAGUCAAAGAUGUGAAUGAACCGCCCUCAAUGAUGGAGUUGAUUGGAACGGAAAUUCGUGAAAAUAUGAAUAAUAGCUUCGUGGGAAUUGUGAAUAUCACAGAUCCAGAUGUUGGCCAGAAAUUUGACUGUAGAAUACUCAACAGCAGAGGAGCCAUUAACAACGCUUCUUUCUAUAUUGACAACAACUCUAACCCUCCAAUUUUAAAGACCCUUCGUCCUCUUGAUUUUGAAGACCAGCGUAUGAUAUAUAUCAACAUAAAAUGUGAGGAAAUAUUAGACAAUCCUAAUGAACUUGAGAACUCUAUCGAAAGACAGUUCAGAAUUGACGUUAUGGACACGAACGAAUAUCCCAUGAUUCAAUGCGAUACACCAUUCAUUGUGUUGUCGUCUUUCUCACCUGGCUCGGCCAUUGGACUGGUGACAAGUUAUGAUCCAGACAACGAACGCUUUAUAAGUCCGAAGAGAAAAUUUAUAACUCACUUAGCAGUGUCAUUUCUCGACACGUAUAAUACAUCGCGUGAUCACGAAUGUCAUUCAUUCUGA